AUGAGGCUUGUCUUCCCCGCCCUGCUGUUCCUUGGGGCCCUGGGACUGUGUCUGGCUGCCCCUAAGAAAAGCGUUCGAUGGUGUACUAUAUCAAAAUCCGAGGCAACAAAAUGCUCCAGAUGGCAAAAGAGUAUGAAAAGUGUGGGUGGCCCUCGUGUCAGCUGCAUAAAGAGAACCUCCUACCUUCAGUGUGUCCAGGCCAUUACAGCAAACAAGGCAGAUGCUGUGACCCUUGAUGGUGGUUGGGUGUUUGAGGCAGGCCAGGCCCCCUACAGACUGCAACCUAUAGCAGCGGAAGUCUAUGGGACUGAAGCGCAACCUCGAACCCAUUAUUAUGCUGUGGCCAUAGCGAAGAAGGACAGUGGCUUUCAGCUGAACCAACUACGAGGCCGGAAGUCCUGCCACACAGGCCUCAACAGGACCGCUGGGUGGAACGUCCCUGUGGGCACUCUUCGUCCAUUCUUGAACUGGACAGGGCCACCUGAGCCCCUUGAGGCAGCGGUGGCCAAGUUCUUCUCAGCCAGCUGUGUUCCCGGUGUGGAUGGAAAACGGUUCCCCAACCUGUGUAGCCUGUGUAUAGGGACAGGGGCAAAUAAAUGUGCCUUCUCCUCUGCGGAACCAUACUUCGGCUACUCUGGUGCCUUUAGGUGUUUGAGAGAAGGAGCUGGAGAUGUGGCUUUUAUCAGGGAUAGUACAGUGUUUGAGGACCUGCAGGAUGAGGCUGACAGGGACCAGUACGAGCUGCUCUGCCCAGACAACACCCGGAAGCCCGUGGACAAGUUCAAGGAGUGCAACCUGGCCCGGGUCCCUUCUCACGCCGUUGUGGCCCGAAGUGUGGACGGCAAGGAGGACUCCAUCUGGCAGCUUCUCCGCCAGGCACAGGACAAUUUUGGAAAAAAUAAAUCACCGGCGUUCCAGCUCUUUGGCUCCCCUGCCAAGCAGAAGGACCUGCUGUUCAAGGACUCUGCCCUUGGCCUUUUGAGGAUCCCCUCGAGCAUAGAUGCAGGGCUGUACCUUGGAUUCGGCUACUACACUGCCAUCCAAAACCUGAGGGAAAGUGAGGCGUCCGUGGCUGCCCGGCGCGCGCGGGUCGUGUGGUGUGCCGUGGGCGACGAGGAGCAGCGCAAGUGCAGUAGGUGGAGCAGCGCGAGCGGCGGCAGUGUGGCCUGCGCCACGGCGCCCACCACGGAGGACUGCAUCGCGCUCAUCCUGAAAGGAGAAGCUGAUGCCAUGAGUUUGGAUGGAGGAUUUAUCUACACUGCGGGCAAGUGUGGUUUGGUGCCUGUCCUGGCAGAGAACCAAAAAUCCCGAACAAACAACAGACCUGAUUGUGUGGAUAGAGCAGUGGAAGGGUAUCUGGCUGUGGCCGCGGUUAGGAAAUCAGAGGCUGACCUCACCUGGAACUCUCUGAAAGGCAGGAAGUCCUGCCAUACCGCCGUGGGCAGGACUGCAGGCUGGAACAUCCCCAUAGGCCUGCUUUUCAAUCAGACAGGCUCCUGCAAAUUUGGUGAAUUCUUCAGUCAAAGCUGUGCCCCUGGGUCUGACCCAACUUCCAAUCUCUGUGCUCUGUGUAUUGGCAAUGAAGAGGGUAAGGAUAAGUGUGUGCCCAACAGCAACGAGAGAUAUUAUGGCUACACCGGGGCUUUCAGGUGCCUGGCUGACAAGGCUGGAGAUGUUGCAUUUUUGAAAGACGUCACUGUCGUGGAGAACACUGAUGGAAAGAACACUGAACCGUGGGCUAGGGAUUUGAAACUAGAGGACUUUGAGCUGCUGUGCCUCGAUGGCACUCGGAAGCCUGUUACUGAGGCUCGGAGCUGCCACCUGGCUGUGGCUCCAAAUCAUGCUGUGGUAUCUCGGCAAGAUAAGGUAGAACGCCUUGAACAGGUGCUGCUCCAACAACAGGCCCUGUUUGGAAGAAAUGGACCUGACUGCCCAGGGAAGUUUUGCUUGUUCCAGUCUGAAACCAAAAACCUUCUGUUCAAUGACAACACUGAGUGUCUGGCCAGACUCCAUGGCAAAACGACAUAUGAAAAAUAUUUGGGGCCACAGUAUGUCAUGGCUGUUGCUAAUCUGAGACGGUGCUCAACCUCCCCGCUCCUGGACGCCUGUGCUUUCCUCAGGAGGUAAAACCCAGGAAGAUGGCCCAGCAUCCCCAUCCUGUCCCCUGUCCUGUUCCUGAGGGAGCCUCAGCCACUCACUGCUCUCUGUUGCCUUCCCCUCCUUGCUGAGG